CCCGGGCGCCCAGCACCGCCCGUUGGGGCGGGGCGGGCCCUAAGAUGGCGGCGUAGCGGCAGGGGCGGCCAUGAAGCUGAUCAUCCAGGAGACGUACGCCCAGGCCAGCGAGUGGGCGGCCAAGUACAUCCGCAACCGCAUCGUCCACUUCGCGCCCGGCCCCGGCCGCUUCUUCACGCUGGGGCUGCCCACAGGCAGCACGCCGCUGGGAUGCUACCAGAAGCUGGUGGAGUACCACAAGAACGGGGACCUGUCCUUCAAGUACGUGAAGACCUUCAACAUGGACGAGUACGUGGGUCUCCCAAGGGAUCAUCCGGAAAGUUACCACUCCUUCAUGUGGAAUAACUUCUUUAAGCAUAUUGACAUCUUGGCCGAAAACGUUCACAUUUUGGAUGGAAAUGCGGCUGAUCUACAGGCAGAGUGUGACGCAUUUGAAGAUAAAAUCAAAGCAGCUGGAGGAAUUGAACUCUUCGUUGGAGGUAUUGGCCCAGACGGUCACAUCGCCUUCAAUGAGCCCGGAUCAAGUUUGGUGUCCAGGACACGAGUGAAGACGUUGGCUAUGGACACUAUAUUGGCUAAUGCCAGGUUUUUUGAUGGUGACCUCUCUAAAGUCCCCACGAUGGCGUUGACAGUCGGAGUAGGCACAGUCAUGGACGCCAGAGAGGUUAGGAAAGAAGCAGUGACUUCAGACAACAGCUCGAGGGUGAUGAUUCUCAUCACAGGAGCCCACAAAGCCUUUGCUUUGUACAAGGCCAUCGAGGAAGGUGUCAACCACAUGUGGACAGUAUCUGCUUUCCAGCAGCACCCCAAAACCGUGUUUGUGUGCGAUGAAGAUGCCACACUGGAACUCAAAGUUAAGACGGUGAAAUACUUCAAAGGUUUAAUGCUGGUUCAUAACAAGCUUGUGGAACCCUUAUACAGCAUGAAGGAGACAGAAGCAGAAAGAAGCCAGUCUAAGAAGCCUUACAGCGAUUAAUCUCUCACUGUUCAGAGUCAUGCUGAGCCAUCUUUUCUAUUGAAAACCAGCUGCAAAGAAAGGGAAUUGCUGCAGAACCUCAUCUUGUAUUUGUUCUUAAAAUAGCAAAAUGAUGUACUUGCUUCUCUCCAUUAAAAACAUAGAUGCCAAACACCUGCCUUAAUUAACCAAAUGAGGAUGUGAUCCUGUAUACUGUGUUCCACAAACUUUCACCCCUAACAUUCUCCGAAGGUAAAAUCAAGGGAGAAUGAGUUGUUUAAUCAAUGAUGCAACUGUAAGCAUGUGGACUGAAGGCCUCAAAACUCAAAUGUGAAGAUGUGAAAAUACAGUGGGUAAUCACUUUGGAGUGUA